CCCUGCUGUACGAACUUCGUCUUCUAUAUCCUCAUUAUUUCCUCUCAUUCGUUCUCUUAUUCUCAGCUCCUAUGAUGUUCACUAUAAAUGGUGAAAAAGACGAGCAUGGCAGGAGAAAGAGAAAGCACGAUUUGGGUGAGAGCAGCGGAGGAAUUUACAUCCCUCCUUUUAAGUUGGCCAGGAUGAUGGAGGAUGCGGAGGACAAAAGCUCGGCGGAAUACCAAAGGAUGACGUGGGAUGAUCUUAAGAAGAGUAUAAAUGGGCUGGUUAAUAAAGUGAAUGCAACAAAUAUUAAGAACAUAAUUCCAGAACUGUUCGCUGAGAAUUUGAUUCGUGGAAGGGGCCUGUUUGUCCGCGCUUGUAUCAAGUCCCAAAUGGCUUCUCCUGGUUUCACUGAUGUCUUUGCAGCAUUGGCUGCUGUUGUUAACACCAAGUUUCCAGAGGUGGGGGAUCUUCUUUUGAGGAGGAUUGUUUUGCAGCUACAAAGAGCCUACAUACGCAAUGACAAGCCCAAAUUGUUGGCAGCUAUGAAAUUCAUUGCUCAUCUUGUAAACCAUCAAGUAGUUCAUGAGCUGGUUGCCCUUGAACUUCUUGCUGUUUUGCUUGAAAAUCCCUCAGACGACAGUGUUGAAGUUGCAGUUGGUUUUGUUACUGAGUGUGGAUCUAUUCUCCAAGACUUGACUCCACGUGGAUUGGACGGUAUUGUGUCCUGCAUGCAGAACCAUAGAUAUGUAUAUUUUUGGGGCAUUUAAAUGACAUGAAUUUUGGGAUAUAAAUAGGCAUUUUUGAGCGGUUCCGUGGGAUACUUCAUGAAGGAGAGAUCGAUAAAAGAGUUCAGUUCUUGAUUGAAGGCCUCUUCGCAGUACGUAAAUCAAAGUUUCAGGGUUAUCCGGCAGUUCGCCCAGAGCUCGAUUUAGUAGAGCAGGAGGAUCAGUUGACCCAUGAAAUAUCUCUUCAGGAUACUAUAAAAGAUGAAGAUGCACUGAAUAUUUUCAAGCUAGAUCCCAAUUACUUAGAAAACGAAAAGAAGUAUGAAGAAUUGAAAAAGGCAAUACUAGGUGAUGAAUCUGAGGAAGAAGGGGAUUUUGAUGCUGAGUCUGUGGAUGAAGAUGAAGAGGAUGAAGUCAAAGAUGAUGAAGAACAAAUGAAAAUAACUGAUGAGACUGAAACAAACUUAGUCAACCUUCGAAGAACCAUCUAUUUAACAAUAAUGUCGAGUAAGGACUUUGAGGAAGCAGGUCAUAAACUGUUGAAGAUUAAACUUGAGCCUGGUCAAGAGGGUGUGAUGUAUCUUAGGUGGUUACCAGUAAAUGUUGAAAUUCAGAAUUGGUUAAGUGAAUUGCUAUUCAAUGCAGAAUAGGAUUUUCUGUGUCACCAUGAUAAUCACCAAUAUUUCUUUGGAUGGAAUUAUGCAUAAUGCUUCUAGAGUGUUGCAGCCAGGAGAGAACCUAUGAUCGUUACUAUGGGCUUUUGGGUCAACGUUUUUGUAUGAUCAACAAGAUUCACCAGGAGAACUUUGAAAAGUGCUUUGUGCAACAGUACUCAAUGAUUCAUCGGUUGGAAACCAAUAAACUGGAAAAUGUUGCCAAGUUCUUUGCCCACUUGCUUGGAACUGAUGCAUUGCCUUGGCAUGUUCUAGCUUACAUUAGACUCACAGAAGAAGAUACCACCUCCUCUUCCCGCAUCUUCGUCAAAUAUCUAUUUCAAGAAUUAUCUGAACAUCUUGGGAUCCGGCUUUUAUAUGAACGCCUCAAUGACCCAACAAUGCAAGAGUCAUUUGACUCUAUUUUCCCAAAGGACAACCCGAAGAACACAAGGUUUGCAAUUAAGUUUUUCACAUCCAUCGGCCUGGGUGGGAUCACUGAGAACCUCCAAGAACAUCUGAAGAUCAUCAUGCAGCAGCAACAGAAACCCACUGCCCCUGCUUCUUCCAAUUCAUCAGUCUCGUCAUCCAGCAGCAGCAGCUCUGAGGAAGAGGAUACCUCACGAAGAAGGAGGAGGCGUUGAUCUGCCCAAAUGUUUGACUCUGUAUAUCAUAUUUUUUGACUCUGUUCACUUUAUAACAUUUUUUUUUAAACAAACAGGCAACACAAGUACAGAAAUAUUGCUAAUGCCAGUAGGUAAUGUUUAAGGCUUUAAGCCUGAGUAUGAGUAUGUCUAGGAGAGUGGUUCACUUUCUUGUCCAAAAUGUUGCAGUCUUGCAGAAAAUGCUUGCGUAGGUUUGUUCAAGUACAUAAAUAUUGCUAAUGCCAGUAGGGUUGCAAAUAAAACUCUAACAUGCCUUUUGUGUUCUU